GUAUUAAGUAUUAAAAAUCUCAGACAUUAUUUCUGUCAUUGGAAGUGCAGUAAAAAAAAAACAAAAACAAAAUAUACACAUUUAUACUCAAUGAGAGCAUAACACCUUAGCAUUCAUAUCAUGAAUCAUAGCCAAGAAUGUAUGUAUAAUACUAAGGCUACAGUAGCUAGUAGAGGCAGAACAGUAAAAACUAGAAUUUUUUUGUUCUUCUAUGAUCUGAAGCGGAGUAGGAGUAAAAAGUAUCCCCUAAAUCACUUCAUAGGUACUACAUAGUACACGUACUGAAAAAAAGUAAACUUACUUCAUUACAAACCUAAAAUAGCUAUAAAAACAUAACUGUAAAGUUAGCCAAGAGGGCAACUAAAGGUUGGCAAAAAGGUUGCUAGGUUUCAAUGCUCAAAAUGGGACAUUUAACACAGCGCUGAGUUCACGUAUCACCGUCAGACUGUCUUCCCUCUGCCGACAGUCCACAGAACACACACAGUCUGACAGAAAUUCACUACUUCAAACAGCAUCAAGUGCCUCCUCUGGUUCUCAGUUUCAUGCAUCACUCGUCAUCUGUGCUUACACAGAAAUAUGUCUCCCACCCCACUCUGAUAGAGGCUUUCAGAACUGAAAUCUAGUCAACUGUGGAGGCAUGUGGGCGCAUUGUUUUGUUUUUGUAAACCUGACGGUCACAACUGAGUGGGCAUCGACUAAAGAGUCCCAGCGUCCUGGUUGGAACCGACACCCACACCUGUCGUACACGAGACCAUCCUUUGAAAGAAGGGGCGUCUGUCAAGGCUGCACGGCUGGAUGACUGAGUUAACAAAAAAAAAGAAACAGAACAGAAAGAAAGAAAGAAAAAACAAAUGAGGAAAAAAAAGGGAAGAAACAUGAUGUUGAGUAGUGUGAAGAGAACAGAGCUGUGUCGUGGUGAGCUGUCGUUUUGUGCAAUGAGUGAUGGUAUGUCAACACGUGAUCCAGGAGAGGAAACCAUAUAAAGCCGAUGAAGAUGUGUGACGUGACUUCAGCUUCACUCUGGUGACAACACAGCACAGUAACCCCGACAACUCUCUUCACUGACGAUAAGAUGGAGGAUCAAUUUUCAGACUUCAUGAACACCGAAUCUUAUGAUUACGAAAACGACACUCUUGACUAUAGCACAGGUCCAACUGAAAACCCACAGAUGUGUGACAGAUCCAGUGCCUGGGAGUUUCGUCGUCAGUACGAAGCUCCGCUCUUUUGGGUCAUCUUUAUCGUCGGCGCCGUGGGCAACCUGAUGGUGGUCUGGAUCUACACCACCGUUCGCAACCGCCUGAAAACAAUGACGGCCGUCCGCCGGGAAACAAUGGCGGUCGUGUACCUGCUGAGCCUGGCGGUGGCCGACCUCCUCUUCCUCUGCAUGCUGCCCUUCUGGGCCGUGGAUGCUGACAAAGGCUGGGACUUUGGCGACAGCUCCUGCAAAAUGGUAUACGCGGUUUACAGGAUCAACUUCUUCAGCAGCAUGUUCCUGCUCACCUGCAUCAGCGUAGACCGCUACAUCGUCAUCGUGCAGGUGACCAAGGCCCAGAACUUGAAGAAGAAACGGCUCUUCUACAGCAAACUGGCCUGCUUGGGAGUCUGGACCAUCUCCAUUCUCCUGGCUCUGCCUGAGUUUAUCUUUGCUCAGGUGAAGGCUUCUAACGACAGGCAGGUCUGCACCAUGUUGCUUUGGAAAAACGCCCACAACCAGACUAAGGUCCUGGCCUUCUCCCUGCAGAUCUGCAUGGGCUUCUUUCUCCCUCUGCUGGUCAUGAUCUUCUGCUACUCCAUCAUCAUUCGCACGCUCCUGCAGGCCAAGAACUUUGAGAAGCACAAGGCGCUGCGCGUCAUCUUUGCGGUCGUGUUGGUGUUCAUCCUCUCCCAGCUCCCUCACAAUGUCCUGCUGAUGGUGGAAGCGUCGGAGGCGGCCAACGCCACCAUCACUGACUGUAAAGUGUUGAUCGCGGUUGACAGGGCAGGACAGAUCGCCAAGAUUCUGGCCUUCACUCACACCUGUCUGAACCCCUUCCUGUACGUCUUCAUCGGAGUCCGCUUCAGACAGGACCUCCUGAGGAUUGUGAAGACGUGCACGGGAUCAGGAACCUCCUUGAAAUCCAGCACGGUUCCCAAACGCCCGUCCAUCAUGUCAGACACAGACACCACCCCUGCUCUGUCCUUAUAAUCCUGCAGUGGACUCUUCAGGUUUCCAUGUCGUUCCUUUAUGCAUUAACACAGAUGGAUUUGUAAAUGUACUGCAUUUGGGAUUUAGCAACACCUAGUGGUAAGGCUACAAGGUCUCAAACACCAAACUGGAGGAGAAAUUGGGUCAUCUGGUGGACAAAUAGGGAAUAAUCAUAUGUCUGUUAUGGGCCACAGCUGUUAAUGAGUCACCCAUGUGGACAACCUGUUAAUAACACACGACCUCUUGGCAUUAUUUUAUGAUUUAUAUAAUUAGGUCUCUAUAAAAGUGCAUAGAUAAUAGGUCACAUUCUGAAUAUCAGAUGUGGGUCACAUAAUGUCAUCAAUGUACUACUGUUUCUGGGCCUCCAAAUUGUGUGGAUCGUACCCACAUUCCAGUGCUCUGUAUCAGUGAGAGAAUCACAAUACGUAUUAGCCUUUGGUGGCUAGUCCAGCAGAGAGAAGGCCACAACUUUAUCCAAAACUCUCUCUACUAGCCAACAUUUUCUGUAAGCCCAUAAAUGGGAUAUAAGCCUGGGCAUCAAAUAUGGACCACUGAGGGUUAAAGUUAAAGUUUGGUCCAAAUCUGAACAGAUACAAGUUUGGCUUUGUUGGUUGAAUUAGACCAUUGGGCCACAUGUGUUGGACUUACACCACUGUUUAAACUUAAUCCAGGCAUAAGAAAUGGAUCUCAGAAUGAAGUGACUCACAUUGAUACACAGGUAGUGCACCAGCAUUGAAACUGUCUAAAUGUAUAUUUGUGUAAAUACUCUUCUGCGUUUACUCUACUGGUGUUCAUUACAUACUACGAGUCGUGUUUAUUUUUGUGCUGCUGUCUGUUGAAAAAAAAAAA